UUUAUUUAAUGUUUGUGUUGUUCUGUCAAAUAUUUGAAAAAAUUAUGAAUCGUAUUAUUUGUAUUUCUUUCGUUUGUAUUUUUUUUUGAAUUUACGUAGGUCACUCGUACUUUUUGGUUGAUUUGCGAAGACUUAGGCCAUUGCAAACGAGCAUGUCGAUAAAUGUCCACGUCACUGGAAAUCCCAUAAGCAUCAAAAGAGGAAAAAUGGUUACAACAGACCUAGAUCAAACUAAAAAAGAAUUUGAUAAGCGGCGCCUUAUGAGGUUAGAACAAGUCAGGCAACAAUCAAAAGAUAUAGCUGAAGACGUGCGAAACAAGGUCCGCCGAGAAAAAUCAAAACAAAUGAAACAGAUUGAAAAAGAGGGUGAAGCCAAGCUCAAGAAUUGGCAGAAUAGGAAGCUCUUGGAGUUGCAGACUCAGUAUGAAGAAGCUCUGAACGAGUUUGGUUUAGCUCAUCAUCAAGCUGAUGUCAUACGUAAUGAAUCUGAACUUAUAGCUCAACACAGAGAAGCUAAUGAAACCAUUUCACAAGAGCGAGGCAAGGUAGCUAUGACAAAGGCCCAGCAAAGAAAAAAUGAAGAGAAAUUAAAGAAGAACACUACUGUAGAUAGAAAAAAGAUAAUACGAAACCUAGAGGAUACUAGGUCUGCUAUGGUUAGCAAGAUGUCAAAGAAUAAACCUCAACAAGAUGAGUCUCACAUCAGGAGAAAAAAGCCAAGAGCAUCUGCUGAUAUUAAUAUUACAAUUCCUGACUCUGAUAGUACAAGCCAAAGCCAGAUUGAAGGAAAUGAUGUUCAAGAGCCUUCAAGCUCUUGUGAUUGUACUGAUGUCUCAGAAUAUCAAAGCAUGCCUCAAGGUGCUUUUGAAAGAAGUGAUUAUGUUUCAAGGGGACCUAGUUCAGAUCUGUUAAGGAACCAUCAGAAAACUCAUCAAUAUGUGUCCCAAGAUGUGCCUCCACAAUCUAGAAAGAGCUCAUCACCACCUAGAAGAAAAUCUCCCAAAAGGAAUAAGACCCCAACUUUGGAAGAACAUCACUUGCCACCAGAGUACAAAUCUCAUUCCAAAUCACCCCCAUGUCAGCAGAAGUCAGCUUAUUCUCCACCAAGAGACACCAGGAUAUCUGAACGCAUAAAGCGUAGGGAACUGAUGACUUCCCAAACUGAUUACUGUGCUACUGUGGCUGAAACCCAGCCCAUACCCUAUGUAGAGAGUAAUACAAAAAUUCAAGAUGCCAUUGAUGCAAGGGUGUACAAAAAAACAGGCUCUAGGGGCUGUGACCCAGCUUGUUCUUGUGGAAUCAGUCAUGAAGGUGUUGAGAUGGAUGAGAGAUUAAAUAUAUCACCCCACCCUGAUUGUAUUUGCAGAAAAAACUUCAAGAAGUAUCAACCAGAGAAAGAUACACAGGCUACACAGACUAGUCAAAAUGAAUUAGGCAAACAAUCACAACAGUUUGAAGAGAUCCCAAGGAAGCCAACUGUGAAAUUAAAAUCAUCCCAUGUGGAUAAUAAUCUGUCAAGGAAUUCACAAGUGUAUGAGGGAUUGCCUGAAAAACCACCAGCAAGACUCAAAUCCUCUUCUAAAGGUGACAAUUUGUCAUCUCAAGGUACUAAAAUAAGCACUGAAACAAGCAAAGUACAGUUCUAUGAUCAUCCAAAUAGAUUCCAGUAUGAAAAAAACCUGCCAAGGGCUUCUUAUGUGGAGAGAGUUCCUAGUGGAAGCUUACAGGCUAUGCCAAACGAAGUUUCUGAAGCAGAAUGGUCUGAGCAAAUAAAAAAACGUGAUAAAGAAGCUCAGCUCAGAGGCAAACAAGCAUUGGACAAGGAACGCAUCCGAAAGCACUAUGAGGAAAUGAUGAAAAAACUUCCACUCCUUCAAAAAAAAGAACGAAUCGGCGAAAUUUUCAAUGACAAACCUGAAUACCACAUGUCAGAAGAGCGCUUGAAAGAAAAAGAACGUAUCAGGCAAAACCACUUAGAGAAUGCCUUUAAUAAACGAAUUCCUAAUCUCAAACCUGUUCCAGUUACAUUACCAAAGGUUCCGGCUGCCAGAGAAGAUCCCCGGAUGUUAGAAUCGGGCUCCGUGCAAUCUCUCAACGUCGCCGAAUGGGACGUCGAUUUUCAAGAACCGAAAACUUUCACUGCCCAAGAAGUGCAGGAAAUAGUCAAGGCGUUCACCGACCAACGGCCCGAGGACAGACAGGCGAAGCUGAAGGAGCUGCUGCGGCACCUGAAGCUGCAGCGCGAGCAGCUGAUCGAGGAGAUCAGAGCGCUGCCACAGGACGACAGCGUCGAUGAGCUGCUGAACGAUCUGCGGUCGUUCGCUGAGGAGGAGGAGGAGGGGCGGCAAGGAGGGAAAGGUGGGAGGAGGGGUAGGGACAAGGCGGGACAGAAGAGGUACAGGGAGGAAAAGGACACGUCAGCGGAGAGUAGCUUGGACGGGAGUUCGUCGAAUAUGGCCGGUAGAGAGAAGAAAAUUGGGGCAGGAAAAUCUCCUAGAAAAAAAGCCAAGAUGAAGAAAUCCAGGCGACGGGUGCUUGUCCUGCAGAACACCAGCACCCAAACCACCCCCAAGCAGCUAGCAAAACCCCCCGGAUCGCCCUCCACGGAUUCCUCGGAACCUCGAGCGAAAACGACCGAGCCUCAGCCGGAAACAUCCGAGAAACUUUGCGACCGACUGCACGUGCCGUGCGAUUGCGACAAGGAGAACGGAAAGGAACCUUCGCAGGAACUGUGCCAGAUCUUGAUAAAAUUGAGGGAGGACGAUGAGCCUGACGUGGUGGUGACGUCGAGGGAGGCGAAGUCCGUGGGGGUGGGGACGGAGGGAAGUCCGGGUGGUUCCAAGGAGGCACCUCCGGGUGGUUUCAAGGAGGCACCUCCGGUGGUGAAGGCUAGGGUUCGCAAGGAGAAGCAGCCGUCCAAGCCGCCCACCAAACAGCCGACUACAGAAAGUUCUCGGUCGACAUCAAAAACAUGGAAAGACCAGCUGAGCAAGAACUCGAUGUCGACAACCAGCACGUCUUACUUCAGCCCGCCGGACCUGCAAAAAACAAGAGACUCCCGAAAAUCCUCCCUGCACCACUUGCGCAGGAAACCCCAGCAAGAGGAACUCUCGUCGGCGUACAACGAGUCACGUUACAGCGAAGGAACCCCGAGCGAAAAACCUCGAGAUUCGAGGAUAUCCGAGUAUAUCGAAAAGUUGCUCGGCAUGGCGAGAGGCAGCAUCGAGAACCUCAGCGUUUCCGCUAGUGAUGUGCAGACUCCUAGCCAAAGUGUUAUCGAGAUGGAAAGCAACAAUCCUGGAGUUCCUGGGACUAUUUACGAUAUCCUGAAGGCGUUUCCCUUCAAAAUCAGCGACAUAGCAGAAGGGCUCAGCUAUUCCCCAGAACUGAGCCCUGCGCCACCGAACACCAGCGUCGCGCUGAGCAUCUCCGGCGAGGGUAGUUCCAGAAGCAAUUCCGGAAUUCUCAUCAAUUCCAGGAGCAAUUCCGGAAUUCUGGUUUCGGGCAGGGACGGGUCGAGGGACUCCGUGUUGGCCCAGUACGCCGACAUCACGGACUCUUGCAGCAAGAGGAUAGAGGCGCUGGCGGCCAUGAUACAGCAGCUGCGCCAGGAGAAGAUCCAGAUGCUCCAGGUACCAACAACAGAAUCUAAAUCGAAACCCGAUAGUCCAGUGUUGAGCGACAGGGAUUUUUCGACUAGAUACUUGGACUUACCUGAACAGAAGGAGAUGAGUAGAAGUACAUCGAGCAGCAGUUUGGACGAGGAGGAGAUUUACAAGAGACUGAUGGAAAUCGAUCUCAGCUUAGCUAAGAAACUGAGACACUUCAGAACUACUGAAAAAGAUACUGCAGGAACAUCUUCAAGCUCAAGAAAGGAUCCCUCAUCGCUUUCCAACACCAACGACGAGCUCUUCGACAGACUACAGCGCCUGAAACAGUCCGCCCCGCCAUCUAAUACCCUCCCCUCCACCCCAUCGCAAAACCACGCCUUCGUCCAACCAUCAGCCCCGCCGUCUAAAACCCUCCCCUCCACCUCUUCCCAGAACCACGCCUUCGUCCCCUUCCUGUCCGACAUUCCCAAGCUGCCGAAGUUCGAGGCCACUCCCAACGGCGCUGCGGCCAAUGGCAAGCGUCCGCCUCCCUCCAAAGGCCUGGCGGUCGCUAGGAGAUUCAACGAGAACAUUUCCAUAGUACCUCAUGAGCUGUCGACCAUCGCGGAGGCUGACAGUCAGCUUUCGACAAAGAUCGGUAGCAACGGGCCCAGUCCGAAGGCUUCGCUGAGCUUCUCCGAACUGAAAGACAUCGAUUUGGUGCUGAUUCCUCCGCAAAAACCUGGGGAAAGAGUGACUGGAGAGUUGCAGAAAAUAGAAGACACCAGCAGCCCCAAGCUGGUGUCUUCUUCCUUGGAUGAGAGCGCUGGCAAGACAUCUUCAUCGCGCAGGGAGCAGAGCAGCUCUUCUCGAACGAUGAAGACGGCUGAGGAAUCUUCUUCCUUGAGGGGGUUGACGAGGGAAUCUUCUUCUUCCGGUGAUGACCUGGAGAAUAUCGAGUCAAUGUUGAAGUCCAUCGGCAUGGAAUGGGCGAUUCCGACGCUGCACAAGACUCAGGAGGCUUUAGCGUUGACUUCCAGCUCCAGUUCGGAUCUUAGCGCUAAAAGGAGGAGGAACGCGAGCAGCGAGAGUGAGGUCAGUUUGAGGGAGAUGCUGAGGCAGCAGCUGCUGAGCAAGAUCUCCUCUAGUACUUUGAAGACUGACGGUAGUCCGGUUAGUUUGUUGGGGGAGUUUUCCGAUCUUUCGGCCAUACAUGGGGCCAAUUCUAGCUUGGAUAAGGAGAGACAGAGGACUUCUACUCCGGUGACUACGAGCAAAAGUGACAGUAAGUCGAAGUUGGUGUUUUCUGGGGAUUCGGAUUUGUCUUCGGUUAGGAACGAGCCUACGGGAUCAAAGAAGAGUUAGGUGUAGCGGUGUCUUUCUAAAAGAUGUUGAAAUUUUUUUAUAAUAUUUUAUUGAUUGAUAAUGGAUUUUUAUAAUGAUUAUCUAUUUAAAAAUGAUGUUUUAAUUGAAUAAAUAUAUAGUUUCUGAUAUCCAAGUGUUUUUUU